AUGAAUAAAUCUCUAGUUACAUCAAUUACAGCGUUUCUGAGCAUUUUAAUGCCAACACUUGCUCUGGACGGUUACACUUGUUUAGGAGAAAAUGUUUCUCACCAUUUACUCAUGAGUCAUGUUGAUACAUCUUAUAAUACUUGUGUAGCACAAGAUCCGUUAAACCCUUUUUUCUUUAAUAGCAAUUUACAAGCUGAUCUUGAUUUUGGAUUUACAUUCCCAGGAUAUAAUGAUCGAAAUUCGAGAGUAAAAGUCUUUUUCAAAAACACAAAAGAAAUUCUUAAUGUACAGGCUUUUGUGUAUGGGCGAUAUUAUAAUUGUGAUGAAAUUGAAGAAUUCUCUGUGUAG